CUCUCUCUCUCUCUCUUUCUCCGUGCUAACGCUCACUUGCUCAGCCUUUUUUUUUUUUUGGGGUUCUUCUUCUCUUCUCUCUCAGAGCUGAUACUGAUAGUAAUUCUCAAGCUCAGAUCUUUCCAUAACAAUGGGCAGAACACCGACUAACGAUCCCCAUUCUUGAAUCACCAUAGCCUCUUCCCCUCACUCCUCCCCCCUCCCUCUCGAUCCCCAGCUGCAAAAGCAGAGCUCAAGAGCUGACAGAAAUGGCAGAGCCUACAGAGCCCAACGGCGGCAGCAGUAACAAGGCGGCGCCCUUGCCUGAGGCAGAGAAGAAGAAGGAGCAGAGCCUGCCCUUCUACCAGCUCUUCUCCUUCGCGGACAAGUUCGACUGGCUGCUAAUGAUCUCCGGCAGCAUUGGAGCCAUCAUCCACGGCUCCUCCAUGCCCGUCUUCUUCCUCCUGUUCGGUGAGAUGGUCAAUGGGUUCGGCAAGAACCAGUCUGAUUUGAAGAAGAUGACCGAUGAAGUCUCCAAGUAUGCUCUGUACUUCGUGUAUCUCGGGCUCAUCGUGUGCUUAUCUUCCUAUGCGGAGAUUGCUUGUUGGAUGUACACCGGGGAGAGGCAGGCGAGCACCCUGAGGAAGAAGUACUUGGAGGCGGUGCUGAAGCAGGACGUCGGGUUCUUCGACACCGACGCCCGGACGGGUGAUGUCGUCUUCAGCGUCUCCACGGACACCCUCCUCGUACAGGACGCCAUCAGCGAGAAGGUUGGAAAUUUCAUUCACUAUCUCUCAACCUUUCUCGCGGGACUAGUUGUUGGAUUUGUAGCAGCAUGGAGGUUGGCAUUGCUCAGUGUGGCUGUGAUUCCGGGCAUUGCUUUUGCUGGCGGCCUUUAUGCUUAUACACUCACUGGCCUAACGUCAAAAAGCCGGGAAUCUUAUGCCAACGCAGGAAUAAUUGCGGAACAGGCAAUUGCACAAGUUCGGACAGUUUACUCAUAUGUCGGAGAGAGCAAGGCUCUGAAUUCCUAUUCUGAUGCAAUCCAGAACACGCUUAAGCUUGGGUACAAGGCUGGCAUGGCCAAGGGCCUGGGGCUGGGAUGUACAUAUGGGAUUGCAUGCAUGUCAUGGGCUCUUGUUUUCUGGUAUGCUGGUGUUUUCAUAAGGAACGGACAGACUGAUGGAGGCAAAGCAUUCACUGCUAUUUUCUCCGCCAUUGUUGGCGGCAUGAGUUUGGGUCAAUCGUUUUCUAAUCUUGGGGCAUUUAGCAAAGGUAAAGCUGCUGGGUAUAAACUGAUGGAGAUUAUAAAACAGAAGCCCACAAUAACUCAGGAUUCCUUGGAUGGGAAAUGCCUCUCCGAGGUCAAUGGGAACAUAGAGUUUAAGGAUGUAACAUUUAGCUACCCAUCAAGACCCGAUGUAAUUAUUUUCCGGAAUUUCUCAAUCUUCUUCCCUGCUGGAAAGACUGUUGCUGUCGUUGGUGGAAGCGGUUCAGGAAAAAGCACGGUUGUGUCUCUGAUCGAGAGAUUCUACGAUCCUAGUCAAGGGCAAAUUUUGCUGGAUGAUGUGGACAUUAAGACUCUUCAGCUCAGAUGGCUAAGAGAUCAGAUCGGGCUCGUGAAUCAAGAGCCAGCACUCUUUGCAACAACAAUUCUCGAGAACAUACUCUAUGGGAAGCCCGAUGCAACGUUAGCUGAAGUAGAAGCAGCUGCCUCUGCAGCCAAUGCCCAUAGUUUCAUUACCUUGCUCCCAAAUGGCUACAACACUCAGGUCGGAGAACGAGGAGUCCAGCUCUCAGGAGGUCAGAAACAGAGGAUUGCCAUUGCAAGGGCGAUGCUGAAGAACCCGAAGAUCCUCCUCCUUGAUGAGGCAACGAGCGCUCUAGAUGCAGGGUCUGAGAGCAUAGUUCAAGAGGCUCUUGACCGUUUGAUGGUCGGAAGGACAACUGUGGUGGUAGCGCACCGCCUCUCCACCAUUCGGAAUGUUGAUUCAAUUGCAGUCAUACAGCAGGGCCAAGUUGUGGAGACAGGAACUCACGAUGAACUAAUUGCCAAGGCUGGGGCUUAUGCUUCUCUAAUUAGAUUCCAAGAAAUGAUUGGUAACAGAGAUUUCUCGAACCCCUCAACCCGAAGGUCACGAUCAUCAAGAUUGAGCCAUUCUUUAUCCACAAAAUCCCUGAGCCUGAGGUCUGGUAGCCUGAGGAACUUGAGCUACUCAUACAGCACUGGGGCUGAUGGGCGACUUGAGAUGAUCUCUAAUGCUGAGACCGAUCGGAAGAAUCCAGCACCCGAUGGUUACUUUUUCAGGCUUAUCAAGCUAAACGCCCCUGAAUGGCCCUACUCUAUCAUGGGAGCUGUGGGUUCUGUGCUCUCAGGAUUCAUUGGUCCCACCUUUGCUAUCGUGAUGAGCAAUAUGAUUGAGGUGUUCUACUACCGAAACUACGCUUCCAUGGAGAGAAAAACAAAGGAGUACGUUUUCAUCUACAUCGGGGCAGGGCUCUAUGCUGUUGUUGCCUACUUGAUUCAACAUUACUUCUUCAGCAUCAUGGGGGAGAAUCUCACCACUAGAGUGAGGAGGAUGAUGCUAGCAGCCAUACUGAGUAAUGAAGUGGGAUGGUUUGACGAGGAGGAGCACAACUCGAGCCUGGUGGCAGCUCGUCUAGCCACGGACGCGGCGGAUGUGAAGUCGGCCAUUGCCGACCGAAUCUCGGUGAUACUGCAGAACAUGACCUCUCUUCUCACUUCCUUCAUUGUUGCCUUUGUCAUUGAGUGGAGGGUCUCCCUUCUCAUCCUUGGCACCUUCCCUCUCCUUGUUCUUGCCAACUUUGCCCAGCAACUGUCUCUCAAGGGCUUCGCUGGGGACACAGCCAAAGCGCACGCGAAGACCAGCAUGAUAGCGGGAGAAGGGGUGAGUAACAUCAGGACUGUAGCGGCCUUCAAUGCCCAGAACAAAAUUCUCUCCCUGUUCUCGUAUGAGCUUCGGGUUCCGCAGAUGAGGAGCCUUCGGCAGAGCCAGACUUCGGGCCUCCUCUUCGGUCUCUCCCAGCUGGCAUUGUAUGCCUCUGAGGCCCUCAUCCUGUGGUACGGUGCCCACCUUGUGAGCAAGGGCGCUUCGACCUUCUCGAAGGUUAUCAAGGUCUUUGUCGUCCUGGUGAUCACUGCUAACUCGGUUGCUGAAACUGUCAGCCUGGCCCCUGAGAUCAUCAGGGGUGGAGAGGCAGUGGGGUCAGUUUUCUCGAUUCUGGACAGGCAUACAAGGAUUGACCCAGAUGACCCAGAGGUGGAGACCGUUGGAUCAGUCCGAGGGGAGAUUGAGCUCAGGCAUCUGGACUUUGCUUACCCUUCACGGCCAGAUGUUAUCGUGUUCAAGGACUUUAACUUGAGGAUCCGAGCCGGGCAGAGUCAAGCCCUAGUAGGGGCCAGCGGGUCAGGCAAGAGCUCCGUCAUAGCACUAAUCGAGCGCUUCUAUGAUCCAAUUGCUGGGAAAGUCAUGAUCGAUGGGAAGGACAUCCGUAGACUGAACCUCAAGUCUCUCCGUCUCAAGAUCGGCCUGGUCCAGCAGGAGCCAGCCCUUUUUGCAGCAAGCAUCUUCGACAACAUUGCGUAUGGGAAAGAUGGGGCAACAGAGGCUGAGGUGAUCGAGGCGGCCCGAGCGGCAAACGUACACACCUUCGUUAGUGGGUUACCCGAUGGUUACAAUACUCCAGUGGGGGAGAGAGGGGUUCAGCUCUCUGGCGGACAGAAGCAGAGGAUUGCAAUCGCUCGGGCAGUGCUUAAGGACCCGGCCAUUCUCUUACUGGACGAGGCCACAAGCGCGCUAGACGCCGAGUCAGAGUGCGUCCUCCAAGAAGCCCUCGAGCGGCUCAUGAGGGGUAGGACCACUGUCCUGGUGGCCCACCGCCUCUCAACCAUCAGAGGAGUUGACAGCAUCGGAGUGGUCCAGGACGGGCGGAUCGUGGAGCAUGGGAGCCAUUCGGAGCUAGUGAGCCGACCCGAGGGGGCCUACUCGAGACUAUUGCAGUUACAACUUCAUCACAUAUGAAAGAUUACUCCCUAAUUUUCCCCCCCUUUUUUUGGGUUUAUUUUCGCUUUUUUUUUUUUUUUUUUUUACUUUUUUUAUUUGUAGCGACAUGCAUGCCUAGUUGUUGGGUGGUAAAGUAAUUAUUAUUGUUGGUCCCAUUGAUGAUCUUGUGCCUUUUUUUUCCUGAUAAGCUGUUGUAGAUAUAUUGAGGGGAAAUGGAUAUAAUAUCUUAUGAACUUUGCCCAACCC